AUAGCAGAAAAUCAAAUAUCGAGAGUGAAGCACAUCACUUUCAAAUCUUAGAAAUAUGCCAAAAGCAAUAGUUUGGUUAAUUACCAGGUGCUUUUUCAUCUGCCUGGCUGCAUUGACGUUUUCUAAAGCCUAUAGUGACUAUGGGAGUCCCUCGGGGUCAAGGUUGACUCGUGUCCGCACAACUCCUGUGAGCUCUGAAGUGUCUGAAGAGUCCUUUGUGGGAUCGGCAGACUCAGCCACAGGGGACGAUCAUGGGGGUAUAGAUGAAGAAGGUUAUCACAGUUGGCUGGAAUAUUCCUACAAUGAUAAUGAUCCCUGUCUUUCAAACCCUUGUCAAAACCAUGGAGUCUGUGAAACCACUGCUUCAGGCUACAACUGUCGGUGUCCUCGUCCAUUCCAUGGGAAAAGAUGCCAGAGAAUAAACGAUCCUUGCAAGAAAAAGACAUGCAAAAAUGGUGAAUGCAUUAUCCAGCCCAACCCACCGUAUUACAAAUGUAAAUGCAAGCACCCGUACGUACUCCCAGGAUGCAAACGAGCAACUGCACCAUGUAACCCUAAUCCCUGUAAAAAUGGAGCUACAUGCAAAGUUGGGAAGAAAAAAUCCUUCACUUGUCACUGUGCCGGAUCAUUCAGAGGAGAGCUAUGUGAAAUCGCACCAAAUGAAUGCUACCAGGGUAAUGGUGUGUCAUACAGAGGUCGUGUGAAGCAAACUGAACAGGGGAGGAGGUGUCUGUACUGGAGCUCUAACCUGCUACUCAAAGAAGCCAUUGGUACUCACAUGCAAAGUCCCAGCAAAUAUGGCAUUGGUGAUCACAAUUAUUGCAGAAAUCCCGAUGGUGAUGAAAAACCUUGGUGUUAUUUUAAGGACAAGCAUGACAAAUUAAAUUGGGCUCACUGUGACAUAUCUCAAUGCACUGCAGCACCUGGAGCAACCAAUCGACAAACUACAACCAAGCCUGUACCCCGAUCUACUGCUUCUACUGCUGUCAUUUCAUCCUUCCAAUGUGGAAUACCAGAGGUUGGAAAUGUCACCUUCAGGAUCUUUGGAGGGAAAAGAACAGUUCCUGGAAAAUAUCCAUGGCAGGUAUCUCUACAGCUGAAGAACCGCAUUGGGCUCUAUAAACCAGGACAUCUAUGUGGUGGAGCAUUGAUUAGACCAUGUUGGGUUCUCACUGCUGCUCACUGCAUCAUUCCACAAGCACAGUCAAGAGAUUUCCGCUUACAACUUGGCAAACAAGAUCUUCAAAAGGACGAAACGCAUCAACAGACCUUUGAUGUUGAAAAUAUUAUUGUCCAUGAUAAUUACCAAGAAACUUCUGUGGGAUUAUAUAACGAUGUCGCUUUGCUGAAGAUUAAACCCGUCAAUGGUCACUGUGCCAAAGAAACUAAAUACGUUAAAACUGUCUGUUUGCCAGAGAGUGAUUUUCCAGCGGGUACUGACUGCUACAUUUCAGGAUGGGGACAGACAGAAACAGAGGCAUCAUCCAAUCAGUUAUUGCACACCAAGGUGAGAGUGAUAGGAGAUCAGCGGUGUAAAGACAAAGGGUCGUAUGGAGCUGCCAUCAAUCACACCAUGUUUUGUGCGGGAAGUCUGGAUGGAAGUGUGGAUUCAUGUCAGGGCGACUCUGGAGGACCUCUGACCUGUAUGAAGAAUGGGCGCUACCAGGUCUACGGAAUAGUGAGCUGGGGCGAUCGUUGUGGAGUGAAGUACAAACCUGGAGUUUACGUUCGUGUCACCACAUUCCUUAAAUGGAUUAAAGCACGAGCUACCUAAGUGUCUCUAACACUGGGGAUCAUUGUAGAGCAUAAAAGAAAGUUUGACAUUGGUAUUUAAAUAUACAUUAUUUCUGGAGAAACUACAUUAAGGACAUUAAAAUGUGUCAUUACCACAAUGACAAUAAGAUCAUUUCUACCAUCUUAAUAUCAGUUCUGAUUUUCGUUAUCAUUAAUUACGUAUUCCUCUAAUACUGUUCAUCAUUAUGGGGAAGUAGAACUGUAAUCCUUUUGUGAUUGCAUUUAUUAAGUGCCUUUGAUUUUGACCUACCAUAGUAUAAUUUUGAUCUACAAAACUCAAAGCUUCUCAUGUUAUUUCAUAUUUUAAUAAACAAAUCAGAAAUACAGAAUUUCUUACAUACAAUGAUGUCUUUGUACUCUGUUUAUGCAGUGAUGUACAAUAUUAGUAUACACAACUGACAAAAUGCAAUUAUUGAGUUUUGUCCCCAGAGAAGUGCUUUUACCAUCUAAUAUGGAAUUUACAGUUAGUUAACAGUAAUUGUUUUCAUAGAUGGUACUUCAUGAAUAAGAUACAAAACACCUUCAGAGUGAUCAUUUCCUGCAUCUUUUUUUUUCAGUUCAAUUAGCUUGAAACUAUAUCUUCAUUAUCCUUCUUUACAGAUUAACAAAUUUUGUGAGGGCACUCGUUAUAAAAAUCAUUGAAAAAAAAAUUAUAUAUUUAAAUUAAAUAAUCUUUUAAAAU